CCGUUGCCUGUACACUGUCGGCCUAAAGGAUUGAGCCGUCACUACAUAGGAAUAAAAAAAAAAAUUAAAACGCAUUCGCUCUGGCUCCACCCCUGCUUAGAAGCAACAGGUAAGCCACCUUGGGAAACUCCAUGGUGACGUGGGUGUUUUGACCCACACUUUGAAGCAGAGUUCCUGAAACAUCUGCGCUUCUUAAGCUCGAUACACUGUCGAAACAGAAGUAUCCCUAUUCAACAGCUAUUGCACCUGCAGUGCUCCACCCUAUACAUCAGUAGUACGUGGUACUCGAUGUUUUUCACUGACUGCAGUAACGAGUCGCCUGGAAAAUAAUGGAUCUUCUUGUAUUGCUGCUGUUGUGCAGUGCUCCACUCAUCCGAGGACACAGCUCAGGUCUGGUUAUAGACAGUUGUGAAGAAUUGAAAUCCCAUCAAUCAGGGCUGAGCCCACAAACGGCACCAUCGCCCUUCAUAGUCACCACAGAGCAAAGGCGCUACAGAGUUGGAGAGGAUGUCAAAGUUGAGCUACAGGGCCCGGCCUCCACACCAUUCACAGGUUUCCUGUUGGAGGCUAUAGAAGUGGGAAGUGAGACUCCUGUGGGUUCCUUUGCCACACCAGCAGGGGCUGCUAAAGUCCUCACCUGCAGCCAAAGACCUAGCUCAGCUGUGUCCCACACAUCAGGCUUUAAUAGCAGCUACAUUCAGGUGACAUGGAGAUCAGAACCAUCAGGAGACAUCAAAGCUGUUCAGUUCCGUGCAUCCUUUGUGCAGAAUUCUACAACAUUUUGGGUUAAUGUGAUGAGCCCUGUCCUGACCUUCACUAAUGGCAGAGCUGCUAGAUCUGCAGGUGCCCUCACUGGGAAUGGCAGUACAGACCCUGCACCACUUGUUAAAUCAGCUGCAUCCAUCUCUAGCGCUAACUGUGGCGUCACCAAAGUGUGCUUCAGUCAGCCUUCAAACUGUGACCCAGCAGUCAGUGCUAGCUGUUAUUUCAUGUCAGCCAUGAUGUUAGCCGGUGGUACAGCUGUCCAGUAUGAGAUGACUGGUCCUUAUGAAGGCUACAUCGCUUUUGGAUUCUCUGAUGAUCAGAAGAUGGGAAACGAUGAUAUUUAUGUUUGUGGAAUGAACAGUAAUGGACAAGUUGGUGUGCAACAUAUGUAUUCAACAGGACGAACAACUCCACAAGUUGUUGCUCUGGGGAACGUUUAUAAUAUAACAACGUCAUUGCAGAACAAUGUCAUCAGUUGUUCCUUCACUACUACGGAGAUAAUUUCUAUACAGGGGACUUCAGGUUUCAGCCAAUCCUACUACUUCAUGUUUGUCUGCGGACCCAGCAGCAAUGGACAAAUCCAAUUCCAUAAGCACGACUUCGUCAGCACUACUAAGAUGGACAUUUCUACCCCUGUUGUCAGUGAAAGGGGAUUUCCUGAUAUCAUCAAAGCUCAUGGGUCACUGAUGCUGAUUGCCUGGAUGACCACGGGAACACUGGGAAUGAUGGUUGCCCGAUAUCUGAAAAAAAUGGCCAAGGGAACAACAAUGUGCAACAAAGAUCUCUGGUUUGUGGUCCAUGUUGGAGUAAUGCUUCUGACGGUAGCAGCCACAAUCAUUGCUUUCAUCCUCAUUUUCGCUCAUACUCGGGACUGGUCUGGGGGAGCACAUCCAGUGUUGGGUUGUCUGGUUAUGAUCCUCUCCUUCUUCCAGCCUAUAGUGGCUAUGCUGCGCUGCGGACCACAACAUCACCUGCGGUAUCUAUUCAACACAUCACAUUUUUUGAAUGCAGUGAUAAUAAAAUCUUUAGCCGUGGCAGCCAUAUUUACAGGCCUGAACUUGAUUGACAGCAGUGAUGGAUGGUUAAUGAAAGUCAUGGGUGGCUUUCUUGCCUGGGAAGCUCUCUUUUACAUCAUGUUGGAGGUUCAUAAUGGGAAAUCUAAGGAGAAAGGCAGUGCUACUGUAGAAGUGGAAUCAGAAUCGGUAAAAAUUGAUGGUCUGCUGAUCGGUCUGUUCUUUCUGGGAAACAUUUGCUUUUUGGUGGCACUUUUGGUUGGAAUUGGGGUGAAAUAAGAGCCCCAAAAGAAUUGUCUGAAGAAUUGUUUUUUUUCUUUUGGUAUUUUAUCCAAAUACACCUGAUGGGAUAUUGUGCACUGAAAGUUUGGACCCAUUGAGAUUGUUUUUUCUUUUUUUUUUUAGUGGAUGUUUUUGUUCGAUAUUUUCCUUAAGCUUUCAGUUUCAUGGCUAACCUUAAGUUCAGUUACUGAAGUAAAUUGGCAAUCAGCAUCUAACCAAACUCCAUUUGGUCAGAACUGAUUGUCCAUUAUAGAGUGCAAUGAUGUUUUUCCACGAGCAUUAUAAAAUUUUUAGUUGUUGAUUUUUAGGAAUCCUAGUUCCUGUUAGAGGUAAAGACCUUAUAUUUGAUUCCAUGUGAGCUGAUUUCUGCUAUCCACUGUUUUCUUGUAUUUUGUUGUUAAGUCUUUGUUUCCUGUUAUGUUGCUUCCUGUUUUAUUUUGUGAGUCUCUUGUCUCUUAUGUUUUGUCCUUGGUAAGUUUAAGGUGUGCUUCAUACACCCAUGUGUUUCUAAUGCAUGUAUAGUCUUAGAUUCUCUUUGUCAUUGUGUUGGCUUACUUACAUGUGUUUCUGUGGUUUUCGUUUCUGGACUUUGACAUGCUAAUAAAAGGUCAUUUUAUGAGUUUUACCUUAAGCCUGUCUCUGACUGCUGUAUUUAAGUCCUGUGUCUUCCUCAGCCUUUGAUAAAUAUAAAGUAAAGUAAUGAAUUUUUCUGUAGGCAAGCCAAUUUAGCUACCUAACCCCCCCAAAAAAGGCAUUUGAUUAAAAAACAAAACAAAGUUAUUUUACACAAUGUGAAAGCUCAGGACCCUGAGCACAACAAAGGUUUGUUUUAAAAAAGGUUGGACAUCAAAAUGUUAUGAAAAAAGACCAACGUACUGCUAGAAAAAGAAUAAAAUGAGUGGGAGACAAAGAGCAUGUCAUCUGUCAAGAUGCUUAUUUACCAUUCGUGGUGCCAAGAAUUUAAAUUAUAGGUGAUGACAG